GUCUUGUGCUAUGUUUGCUCGAAGCAACAAAUAUCGCUUGAGACUUGAAAAAACAGCAACAAAAAUGCGCUUCUUUGGCUUGGGCCUGCUGGCAGUGCUGCUGCUGAGCUUGCAAUUGGCUGCGGCAGAUGUUUCGCAGUUGGUGCGUUCUGGUAAUGGCUUUGUCUACGAUGUGCCGCGGGUUACGCAGCUGGAGCUGGAGGUCAACAAUGAGUUUCCCACAGGCCAGGAGUUUCCACAGGACGCCAUACCCGUAGCACCCUCAGACGCUGAGCUGGGCGUAGCCGAGCCAGAGCCAGACGCAUAUCCCGACAGCUCCACCUACGUUUCGUCCAAGGAUCAUGGCUAUGCUUAUCAAGUGCCCAGCAAGCGCUUCAAGAGCUAAGCUGCAAGUUUUCUAAUCUAUUAACUGUUUGUACCAAAGUCUGAGCGCACUAAAUAACAAAAAUUUGGAACUAUAA